AUGAAGAGAAGGCCUCUGCCACCUAAUCUCAAGCUCUCUCUCCCUCCUCCUGAUCAAGUUUGUCCUUCCAAAUUUCUGACAGAGUUUGGGGCGUUUAAGGAUGGCGAUUUGUUGGUCGACAAAAAUGGAGUUCGACUUGUCUCACAAUCCCAAGCUGAAGCUGCAGCCAUAGCUCAACCAUCAGAGUCAGAGAACCUAUUGAGCUUAGAUGACUUUGAAGCAAUUAAGGUUAUUGGUAAGGGAAGUGGUGGUGUUGUGCACCUGGUUCGACACAAAUGGACCGGACAAUUUUUCGCUCUCAAGAUAAUUCAAAUGAAUGUAGAAGAGGCUGCCCGAAGGCACAUUGCACGAGAGAUAAAAAUCAACCAAUCGUCACAAUGCCCGUACAUCGUUGUAUGUUACCAAUCUUUUUACAAUAAUGGCGCGGUUUCCUUGAUCUUGGAAUACAUGAAUGCUGGUUCUCUUGCCGAUUUUCUCAAGAAGGUUCACAUUAUUCCGGAACCUUACCUGGCCGCAAUUUGUAAACAGGUACUCAAAGGCCUGUGGUAUCUUCAUCAUGAGAAGCACAUUAUUCACCGAGACCUGAAGCCAUCGAAUCUGCUAAUAAACCACACAGGUGAAGUGAAGAUUACCGAUUUUGGUGUUAGUACUAUUCUGGCUAGCACGUCAGGUCUAGCCGAUACGUUCGUCGGCACAUAUAUUUACAUGGCUCCAGAGAGAAUAAGUGGGAGCAACUAUGGUUAUAGAAGUGAUAUGUGGAGCCUCGGUUUGGUUUUGCUAGAGUGCGCGAUGGGUCAUUUCCCUUACUCACCACCAAAUCCACAAGGAUGGAAAGCUUUCUAUGAGAUUAUUGAUACUAUUGUCGAUCAACCGGCGCCUUUUGCACCUCCUGAUGUAUUUUCUCCCGAGUUUUGUUCGUUUAUAUCUGCCUGUGUGCAGAAAGAUCCUAAAGAUAGACUUUCUGCAAAUGAGCUAAUGGCGCAUCCUUUCAUAGCUAAGUACGACUAUCUUGACAUUGAUCUCGCUCUUUACUUCACCAUUGGAGGACCUUCGUGCGCCGCAGCGUAA